UGUUCAUUUAGUAGAGCAGAAGUGAAAAAAAAACACUGUUUCAACUUGAAAUGCUAGAAGAUUGUUGUUCUUGUGUUACUCAUUCAUGCAAAUUGGAGAAGGUAUAAUUGAAACAAGGUUGGCAGUGUUUGAGGCAGUGCGCUGCAGCUGAGCUCAGCUGAAAGGUCGCUGGAAAUCAAGUGCUUUGUAAGUGAAGGCAUUUUGACUACAAGCGAUUCAAAAUAUGUGGAAACGUCAGUCUCAGGAAUGGGUCGUCUUUUUCUUUCUAUGAUAUCUGGUAUCUAAGGUUUUACUUAGGAGAAAGACUACUACUUCAGAGCUCUUUCAGGCACCACAAAUGAUUUUUUCCUCUGAUGCAGCCCAGCUGCCGCUAGCCUGUCUACCAACAGAGAUCUUUGUUAUGACUUUCAGCCCUUAACAUGUUUGGAAAUGAGAACAAAUGGCACAAAGCUUACAAUUGCACUUUGCAGCCCGAAGAAGCAAUACUUACCCUUUGUCAGAAAGCUCCGGAGAUGAUUUGGAGAGCAGUGUUCUCAUGUGCUUCAAGAGACCAAGCCGGAUUUCAACGUCUAACGUUGUGCAAAUGAAGCUGACUCCUAGACAGACCGCGCGAGCUCCGUUGAUGCAGGGAAACGUUAAGACUCAGGAAAGACCAUCUGUGCCUUCACCUGAAAAUGUUAAUAAAAAGAGCAGCUGUCUGCAGAUUUCACUACAGCCAACAAGGUACAGUGGAUGUCUCCAGCCUUGCAGUGUCUUAGCUGAUGGGGAGGAUGCUUCGUGGAUGUGUGUCUUGAGGGACGGCAUGGAGCACAGUGCUGUGGCUGAGAACGAACUGAACGCUGUGAGUGAUGGUGACCUUGUGAGCAGUCCUGCCCUUCGCAGCCGUAGCCUUAGCAACUUUUCCACCAGUGAGAAUGGGUCUUCCAGCAGCAAUGGUAGUGAUUACGGGUCGUGCACCAGUAUCACGAGCAGUGGUUCCUACACAAACAGUACCAUCAGCGACAGCAGUGGUUCUCCUUUUCCACCAACGGAUGAUCCUUUUUUGGGUGGAAAUGUCCCUUCCGACAGCACCUCCAAUAGAAGUGUGCCAAACAGGAACACUACUCCAUGUGAAAUUUUCUCAAGAAGCCCAAGUACUGUUCCUUUUGUCCAGGAUGACUCGGAGCGUGGACUAGAAAUUAUGAAAUUGCCAGUGAGCAGGAACUCGAAAAUUCCACUAAAACGUUGUUCAUCUUUAGUCAUUUUCCCUCGGAGUCCCUCAAAUACCCCACCAACUUCUCCGACAAGUACGGAGAUUCUUCCAAGCAAAGGAUCCUAUCAAACCUCACACCAGUUUAUUAUUUCUCCUAGUGAAAUUGCCCACAGCGAGGAUGGGACUGGUGCUAAGGGAUUUCUUUCCACAGCUGUCAAUGGGCUCCGGUUAUCGAAAACAAUGUGUACUCCCAGGGAAGGAAGAGACAUACGAGCACUUCACAGGAAGGGCUCAUUACAAAAGAGAAUUGCUGUUGCACGUAAUAGUCCGAAUCAGCCUGCCUGUGAAAAGUCACCUGAAGGAUAUUCCUGUGUCUCAGUGCACUUCACCCAACAAAAAGCAACUACAUUAGAUUGUGAAACAGCAAAUGGUGAUUGUAAACCAGAGAUGUCAGAAAUGAAGCUUCAUUCUGAUUCAGAGUGCAUUAAGCCUAUGCACAGGACAUCUGCACGUUUACCAUCCUCUCAAAACAUAGAUUACCAAAUAGAUAUCAAUGGACAGUUGGAAAGACCAAAUUUACAGAUAAACAAAAACCAUGCUGUUUUACAAAGAAGUAUUUCAUUGGGAGGAACUUACCCAAAUGUUUCCUGUUUAUCCAGCCUUAAACACAAUUGUUCCAAGGGGGGACCAUCACAAUUACUCAUAAAGUUUGCAUCUGGAAAUGAAGAUAAAGUUGAUAACUUAUCAAGAGACAGUAACAGAGAUUUCACAAAUGAGCUAUCUAAUUCUUUAAAACAUUCUUAUGAGACAAGAGAUGAUUUCCUAGGUCAAGUCGAUGUUCCUCUUUAUCCAUUACCGACAGAAAAUCCAAGAAUGGAGAGACCGUAUACAUUUAAGGAUUUUGUUCUUCACCCGAGAAGUCACAAAUCAAGAGUUAAAGGUUAUCUGAGAUUAAAAAUGACUUAUUUACCUAAAACCAGUGGCUCAGAAGAAGAUAACACAGAACAGGCUGAGGAAUUAGAGCCUGGCUGGGUUGUUUUGGACCAACCAGAUGCUGCUUGCCAUUUGCAGCAGCAACAAGAACCUUCUCCUCUACCUCCAGGAUGGGAAGAGAGGCAGGAUAUUCUUGGAAGGACCUACUAUGUAAACCAUGAAUCUAGAAGAACACAGUGGAAAAGACCAACCCCUCAGGAUAACCUAACGGAUGCUGAGAAUGGGAACAUGCAACUGCAAGCCCAGCGUGCGUUUACCACCAGGCGGCAGAUAUCUGAGGAGACGGAGAGUGUGGAUAAUCGAGAGUCUUCCGAGAACUGGGAAAUUAUAAGAGAAGAUGAAGCCACCAUGUAUAGCAAUCAGGCCUUUCCAUCACCUCUGGCAUCAAAUAACUUGGAUGUUCAGACUCCUCUUGCAGAAGAAUUGAAUGCCAGACUCACAAUUUGUAGAAAUUCAGCCUCCGGCCAGCCAGUAUCCAGCUCAAAUCAUUCCAGCAGAAGAGGCAGCUUACAAGCCUAUACUUUUGAGGAACAGCCUACACUUCCUGUGCUUUUGCCUACUUCAUCUGGAUUACCACCAGGUUGGGAAGAAAAACAAGAUGAAAGAGGAAGAUCAUAUUAUGUGGAUCACAAUUCCAGAACUACAACCUGGACGAAGCCCGUGGUACAGGCCACAGCGGAGAGCAGUCAGCUGCCAUCAGGCCAGAGUUCAGCGUGCCCUCGACCCCAGGUCCCCACCAGCGACUCAAUGCAGCAGGUGACCCAGCCGUCUGAAAUGGAGCAAGGAUUCCUUCCUAAAGGCUGGGAAGUCCGGCAUGCACCCAAUGGGAGGCCUUUCUUUAUUGACCACAACACCAAAACCACUACCUGGGAAGAUCCAAGACUGAAAAUUCCACCUCAUCUGAGAGGAAAGACAUCACUUGAUUCUUCCAAUGAUCUGGGGCCUUUACCUCCAGGAUGGGAAGAAAGAACUCAUACAGAUGGAAGAAUCUUCUACAUAAAUCACAAUAUAAAAAGAACACAAUGGGAAGAUCCUCGGUUGCAGAAUGUAGCAAUAACUGGACCAGCAGUGCCCUACUCCAGGGAUUACAAAAGAAAGUAUGAGUUCUUCCGACGAAAGUUGAAGAAGCAGAAUGACAUUCCAAACAAAUUUGAGAUGAAACUUCGCCGUGCAACUGUCCUUGAGGACUCUUACAGGAGAAUUAUGGGUGUCAAGAGAGCAGAUUUUCUCAAGGCUCGACUGUGGAUCGAGUUCGAUGGUGAAAAGGGAUUGGAUUAUGGAGGAGUCGCCAGAGAAUGGUUCUUCCUGAUCUCAAAGGAAAUGUUUAACCCUUAUUAUGGGUUGUUUGAAUAUUCUGCUACGGAUAAUUAUACCCUACAGAUAAAUCCAAACUCCGGAUUGUGUAAUGAGGAUCACCUCUCCUACUUCAAGUUUAUUGGCCGGGUAGCUGGGAUGGCAGUUUAUCACGGCAAACUGUUGGAUGGUUUUUUCAUCCGCCCAUUUUACAAGAUGAUGCUACACAAACCAAUAACACUUCAUGAUAUGGAAUCAGUGGAUAGUGAGUAUUACAAUUCGCUGAGAUGGAUUCUUGAAAAUGAUCCAACAGAAUUGGACCUCAGGUUUGUCAUAGAUGAAGAGCUUUUUGGACAGACACAUCAACAUGAGUUGAAAAUUGGUGGAUCAGAAAUAGUUGUCACCAAUAAGAACAAAAAGGAAUAUAUUUAUCUUGUAAUUCAGUGGCGAUUUGUAAACCGAAUCCAGAAGCAAAUGGCCGCCUUUAAAGAGGGAUUUUUUGAACUAAUACCACAGGAUCUCAUCAAAAUUUUCGAUGAAAACGAACUAGAGCUUCUUAUGUGUGGAUUGGGAGAUGUCGAUGUGAAUGACUGGAGAGAACACACGAAGUAUAAGAACGGCUACAGCGUGAAUCACCAAGUCAUACAGUGGUUUUGGAAGGCUGUACUAAUGAUGGAUUCAGAAAAAAGAAUAAGAUUACUUCAGUUCGUCACUGGCACCUCUCGAGUGCCCAUGAAUGGAUUUGCUGAACUAUAUGGCUCAAAUGGACCACAGUCAUUUACAGUUGAACAGUGGGGUACCCCGGAAAAGCUGCCCAGAGCCCACACGUGCUUUAACCGCUUGGACUUGCCGCCCUAUGAAUCUUUUGAAGAAUUAUGGGAUAAACUUCAGAUGGCAAUUGAGAACACUCAGGGCUUUGAUGGCGUCGAUUAGAUUCCAAAUAACAAUCUAGAGUGUUUCACUGCCGCUUUUGGAUAAGCAAAAUCUUGACUUAAAAUUUUCCAGGGAACUACUAAAACUUGGCCUUUGUUUCUUCCCAGAUAGUGGAGAAAAAUCACAUAAAAGCAUUAGAAGAAACAGUAUGACAACCUUCCCGUUAUUUCAUUCACUCUUAAACAAUAUGUUGCAUUUACACAGCUGUUUCUUUCCAUCUUUAGAGUUCCCACUCUAGGAUUUAAGUCCCAUUAAGGCACUAUUAAGUGCCUGAAAUAGUGAGUUUUGUCCUUAAUAUUUACCUCUUUUACAGUAUUUGCCAGGCAGUUCUUUCUUAAACUACUGAAAUUGUAACUGUGAAAUAUUUGUGACAAGUGUCAUGUGUGAAACGUUGGUUUUUGAGAGGGAAAACUGAAAUUUGGAGAAGAAUACUUGGACAUUGAUUAAACUACCAUGUAUUUCGUGCUGCCUACAGCUAUUUAUUAUUUUGUAGACCUGCCUAUUGCACCUUACUGCCAAGAUUUUUGGGAAAAAAACUUGGAAAGUGUGUUACCUAUCUUUUUAGUCCACUGACUCACUUGCAAAAACAAACAAAAAAAAUUGUUUACUUCUUCAUUUUUAAAAGUAUUUGGCUUUUGUUAAUAUGUAGCUUUAGUAAACAAGGUGGGUUAUAAGACAUGUGAAGCGAAUUCAGAUUCACAAAGCGUGAAAAGUGUUAAUGUCUUCCUCUUGCCUGUAUAUCCUUUUGGUUCACUGGCAUAGUCCUCUCUCCUUCCUGUUUAAGGUAAAAGAAUUCCUUCUUCAGACAUUAUGCCAAAGCUCUGCAGAGCAGUAUUUCUAUAUAUGCCUUGAGGAACUAAGUUAAAUGUGUAGUACUUGCCUUUACUAGUCAUUCUUUACACUUGCACAAUUAUGUAGUAAAUACAUGUUUACAGGGUUUAUUAUGUUUACAGAUUAAGCUAAUUUCUGUAGUUGCGUUUUUAUAUUUUUAGUAUCUCUUUAGUAAAAAAAAGACAAA